AUGGAAUCUCUAGAUGGGGGAUACCGGACAAGCAACAAGCCCCUGAGCGGUGCAAUCCUGUGCUGCACAUCGAUUGCCCCCGAGCAGCGCGUAAGUGCCCAUUCAUAUCUACAUGCUUCGUCUGACAUCACAUGCCAGUCAAACUUGGGCAACAUUGGCGCAGACCUGGGCGCAACGAUCAAGCUCGACCUCACCUCGGACGUAACCCACCUCAUCGUCGGCAGCAUCGACAGCAACAAAUAUCGCUAUGUCGCCCGAUCCAGAGAAGAUGUCAAAGUGCUCUCGCCCGCGUGGCUCGAGGCCAUGCGCGAGGUCUGGCUGGAAGGUCAUGAUGACUUGGACGUAGCUGCACUGGAAGAGGAGCAUCGGGUGCCGACAUUCUUCGGGCUCAAGAUAUGUCUGACGGGAUUCGACAAUCCCGAACAGCGACGAUACAUCCAGGAGACGGUGGACAAGAACGGAGCCGAGUACCAUGGCGAUCUCACCAAGGCCGUCACCCAUCUCAUCGCGGCCACCCCCACGGGCAAGAAGUACGAGCACGCGGUCAAUUGGAGAAUGAAAAUCGUUUCGUUGGAAUGGUUCCAGCAGAGUCUCGAGCGCGGCAUGGUACUGGACGAGGCCUGCUACCAUCCGACCAUACCAGUCGAAGAAAGAGGCAAGGGCGCUUGGGACCGCAGAGAGUUCCCGCCUGCGCCUGCGAGUGCGAAGCGCGCAAGAGAAUCAGAACCCAGUCAGGCGCUCAAUCCGUUCCGAAGGAAACUUCGACGCUCGGCCAGUACAAGACUGGGUAGCCAGAGCGCGGAGCUAUGGGCCGGCAUCACUGCAGCAACCACAGAAAGACAGCAAGACAAUGGAGACGAUUGGACCGAAGACCUCGAUAAGCAGGAUACACCACGAGAGCAUGCGCCCGCAAUACAUCCGCACGAUUCGAUAAUCCCUGAAAAUGAUGCACGCGCCGAUGCAGACCCUGCGAAAGAUCAUCACUUAGUCGCAUUACCAUCCCGACAGUCACACAACGAUAUCGCCCAAGUUCCGCAUGACGCUCAAGUCGACCUCACAUCUGUUCCGGAACGAGCCGGAUCGGUGCUGAGCCUGGUCACUAAUUGGUGGGUGGAGCGAUGUCUGUACGGGAAGCGACUAGUCGACCCCGCAGACGACAUUCUCAGCAGGCCAUUCGAUAAGCACAGCAUUAGUGGGUUUGCUGGCCUCACGAUCAACUCCACUGCUUUCGUCGGCAUCGAGCUUCUCCAUGUGACAAAAGUUGUUGCCCUUAUGGGAGCAACAUAUGAUGAGCAGCUUUCUGCCAAGACCUCGGUGAUCGUCUGCAAUACACUAGAACCAAAUGCUCAAAAACUCAAAUUUGCUACUGAUCGGCGCAUCCCAGCUGUCCACGCGACAUGGCUGUGGGACUGUCUGCGAUAUGGUCAGCUGCAACAGUUUGGCAAGUACCAGCUCAACACGUUGGCGCCGCCUCAGCCGCACAAGCCGAAGGCGAAACCUCAGUCGUCAACUGAAGUAGCUACGGCAAGGUUGUCUACGGCAGAGAGCUUCGAGCUUCAGCAGAAGAAAGCGCAGGCUGCAAAGAAGGGCAAAAAGCCCCGGGGCCCACAGAAGCCUCGAGCUCUCGAUCUCGCGCCCUCUGUAGACCCAACACCUGCAUCAAUAAAUGAUGCAAUAACGAACUCCGGCACUCAUACUAGUCAUGAAAACCACGAUGAAGAGGAAGCACCGAUACCUGGUCUUGAUGGCUCGGCUUCGAUGCCGUUGCGGGACAUCAGUGCAAACUCGUCUCGUCGUCCAUCAACCACCUCAAUAGAUUCAAAAUCUGCAUCAAGACAGCGUAGUUCUUCAGCGGAGUCACUGAUAAGACCAGCAGCCCAGCGCAAGACUAGAGCGACAAAAGAGCCAACACCUGACUCUGUGAUCCCCGCAGAUACUGAGCCAGCAGCCCCACCACCACAAGAGGAACCACCAGAAGAGAAGGACUAUUCUGACAUUUUAGCGCAACUACGGGCAAGUCGUAAGCCAUUGCCUUCACCAGCUGAUGCGAAUGCUUCCACUCGCCGGAGAGGACGCAGACAACUCGGCCGGGCUACAUCGACUCGCUCGAACGACUCUACUGCCGAUAGCUCUGGACAACUCAAUCUCGAUGGCGACGAUGACAAAGAGCAGGCACAGGAGUAUCAGCCCAGCCAAGAGUUAGGCUGGGACUCACCCGGCGCUGCGAAAGCGAGGGAGCAGAUGAUCAAGCGGUUGGGUGGUAAAGUGACAGAGACGAGUGUGAGAGUAGAAGGUAUCGGUGUUGUUCGAGACGUUGCGAGCGAAAACGCGGGCGGGAGAAUGCCGCGGAAACGACGAGAGAAGGGAUUCUAA